AAAUCAUAGCGUCGCCAUGAGCGGAUGUUGUUUAUGAACGACAUUUUCAUAGUGCUCCGAAAUUGCUAUAGAAUGUGUUUAUUUUCCCUUUAUUUCAUAAAUAUUGGCUAAAUUCUGCGGGGCAGAGAAGUUAUAUUGACGAUAAGAAAAUUUUAAGCUGAUACGCUCAUGUUUUGUCUAUAAAACCGAUUGUCGUUUUUUUGUGUUUGCUAUAGCGGGAAAUCUACGCUGUGACGCGUACAAACGCUGAUAUAUUCAUCGCUACGGCUAGAAAAGUGUCGUAACGUCGUGUUAUGAGUGCUACAAUCGUUUGAUAGAGCAUUUGCAUUAGAAAUUAACAAAAUCAACAAUGUCUGAAGAAAUGGCGGUGACGGAUACUGGUAGUGGAGAAGAAGCUAAACUAAACGGUGAUGAGGCUGCGGCCGCGAGCGCGACGGGGGCUACAGAGGCCAGCGUGGAGCCAACUACUCAGACUCCUCAAGAUCCAGCCGAAGGAAGCACAUCACAACCCACAGACAAACCUGAAAUGAAAGAAGCGGAGGAGUCAGAAGAAGCCGGUCCCCGGAAGCGCAGAGCAUCGUCAGCGUUCAGUGAUGAUGCCAACACCGACUUCCGAGGGUUCGACAAGAGCAACCUCGAUGACUCCACUGUAGAGUACAACCGGGUUUUGGAGCGCAUGGAAGCGGAGGUCUCUGCGGCGAGCGAGGCGCUGGUGCCGGUGCGCAGCGUGGUCGCCACGCCCACCGGGGUCACCCGGGUCAGCAAGCGACUGCGUCAGGACACUGGCACAGAUGGAUCCAGGCCCUCCUCCGCGCUUUCAUCUCGGUCUGAUGGUGAAGGUGUUUCCACUGAUCUGCCCCCUCCAGCCACGACGGUGGUUCCGGUUGUGCUGGCUUCAAGCGCAGCCUCCUCCCCCGCGCACCGCGGCGCCCGGCGCGCCACCACGGAGAUGUCCUCACCCCUUCUCCGGGUGCCUCUGGAGAGGGGCUGGCGGCGCGAGCUGGUGUACCGCGCCGCGCUCGACUCGCACUCGCGACGCAACGCCGAUAUAUACUACUACAUGCCGAGUGGGAAGAAGCUACGGUCUACUAGAGAGGUGACGGAAAAUCUCUCAGGGACGGGCUUGACCCUAGAAAACUUCUCCUUCUUCAAAGAACCGCUCGGAGUUGACGAUCCUGAAAAAGAAAUUAUUCGAGACGCCAAAAUGAUCCGUAAGAGCGAGGUGGCGCCGCCGCCCGCGCCCGCCCCCGUCGAGGGCAAGCGCACGCCCAAGCCCAAGCCGCCCAAGGGCGCCAGCCCCGAGCCUCCCAGUGUCAAGUCGCCGCCGGCUAAGAUCAGGGUGAAAUCCAUGGGAGCCCGGCUAAGCAGCGGUGGCGCCACCACGCCGACGACGCAGAAACCGCCUCCAAAGAAACAAGAGAAGCCAGCGCCAUCUAGCGCCGACAACAACAACACCACGUGGAAGAAACCCAGCAGCGACGCGCCGGCCACUAGCCCCGCCCCCGGAGCCGCGGGGGGCGUGGCGCCGGGGGGUGUGGCCCCGCCCCCGCGCCCGCCGCCCGCGCCCGCGCGCCCGCCGCCGCCGCCGCUACAGAGCCGCCCCGAGGUGAUGACGUCGCCGGAGACGCAUCGACAGCCGUCCCCGCUAGUACAACAGCCCUGCUCGAUCCAAUGCGGCGGCGGGCGCGUGCCGAGCCUGGCGUGCGCGAUGUGUCUCUGCCUGUACCACCCCGCCUGCGCCAACCACCCCGUCGACAAUGACCCCGCCUUCCUUUGUAAGAACUGCCUGAAGUGUGGGUCCCCGCCGCCGGAGCCGCCGCCGCUGGCGCACAAGCCGGCGCCGCGCCGCGCCGAGCCGCCCGCCUCCCCGCUCACCAUCACCAUGAAGGUGCAAGGCAGCGACGCGGGCGGGCAGCGCGUGUGGGCAGUCAAACCCACAACGGGGGCGGCAACAGUCACCGCGGGGGCGGCAAUAACGGCCGGAGGCGCGGGGGCGGUGCCCGGCGGGGCGGCGGCGGCUCGGGCGCUGGCUCUCCGCCCCACGCUGCCACAGUCGCUGGCCGUGUUUAACGGACGCCGGUUUAUAGUUGUGCCGAGGAAUAUACAAGCGCCUAAUCACAGUGACGCUAAAGCUAAGGCGAAGGUCUCCAACGGCGCCCCAGCUGCCGCCCCGCGCCGCCGCACACGCGCCAAGGCAGAUGAUACCGAUCACUUCACGGACUUCUACAACCUUAGCAAGGAGAAGAACUAUAAUAUUGUUACACAGGUCUUCUCCUCUGUCUCCUGCCAGAUAUUCCAGUACCUGGGCAUGCGGGACCUGGCGGCGUGCGCGCGUGUGUGCCGCCUGUGGCGCUCGUUGGCCCACGCGCCGCCGCUGUGGAGGCAUGUCAGGAUGAAGAACUCGCAUGUGAGCGACUGGGCGGGCCUCUGCGCGAACCUCCAGCGGCACGGCACGACCCGGCUGGACCUGCGCAAGAUGUUGCUGCCUCAGAACGACGACGCCUUCUGGCAGGCCUUCGCCACGCACAUACCCACUGUUACUACUAUUGAGAGGAUAGAGCUAUGCCGGUGCCCCGCCAGCGCCGUGGAGGCGGUGUGCAAGCUGCGCUCCCUGCGCUCCCUGUCGGCGCUGGCAGUCCGCGACGCGCGCCUCGACCCCUGGCCGCUGGCAGACCUGGCGCAGCUGCACGAGCUCAGGUGUGUCCUCAUCAUCACCAGCACUACAGGAGCAGGAGGCGCCUUGACCCCUGGCCGCUGGCAGACCUGGCGCAGCUGCACGAGCUCAGGUGUGUCCUUAUCAUCAUCACCAGCACUACAGGAGCAGUGGAGGCGCCUCGACCCCUGGCCGCUGGCAGACCUGGCGCAGCUGCACGAGCUCAGUGGAGGCGCCUCGACCCCUGGCCGCUGGCAGACCUGGCGCAGCUGCACGAGCUCAGUUGUGUCCUCAUCAUCACCAGCACUACAGGAGCAGUGGAGGCGCCUCGACCCCUGGCCGCUGGCAGACCUGGCGCAGCUGCACGAGCUCAGGUGCGUCCUCAUCAUCACCAGCACUACAGGAGCAGUGGAGGCGCCUCGACCCCUGGCCGCUGGCAGACCUGGCGCAGCUGCACGAGCUCAGGUGUGUCCUCAUCAUCACCAGCACUACAGGAGCAGUGGAGGCGCCUCGACCCCUGGCCGCUGGCAGACCUGGCGCAGCUGCACGAGCUCAGGUGUGUCCUCAUCAUCACCAGCACUACAGGAGCAGUGGAGGCGCCUCGACCCCUGGCCGCUGGCAGACCUCGCCCAGCUGCACGAGCUCAGGUGCGUCCUCAUCAUCACCAGCACUACAGGAGCAGUGGAGGCGCCUCGACCCCUGGCCGCUGGCAGACCUGGCGCAGCUGCACGAGCUCAGGUGUGUCCUCAUCAUCACCAGCACUACAGGAGCAGUGGAGGCGCCUCGACCCCUGGCCGCUGGCAGACCUCGCCCAGCUGCACGAGCUCAGGUGCGUCCUCAUCAUCACCAGCACUACAGGAGCAGUGGAGGCGCCUCGACCCCUGGCCGCUGGCAGACCUCGCCCAGCUGCACGAGCUCAGGUGCGUCCUCAUCAUCACCAGCACUACAGGAGCAGUGGAGGCGCCUCGACCCCUGGCCGCUGGCAGACCUGGCGCAGCUGCACGAGCUCAGGUGUGUCCUCAUCAUCACCAGCACUACAGGAGCAGUGGAGGCGCCUCGACCCCUGGCCGCUGGCAGACCUGGCGCAGCUGCACGAGCUCAGGUGCGUCCUCAUCAUCACCAGCACUACAGGAGCAGUGGAGGCGCCUCGACCCCUGGCCGCUGGCAGACCUGGCGCAGCUGCACGAGCUCAGGUUAAAGAGCAUGACCGGCCUGUCUCUGACGCGGGACCUCAGUCCACUCGCCAAGCUGAGCCACCUGCAGCACCUGUCACUCACAUCUAUCAAGGAGCUAGGCAUAUGGUCGUGCGAGAUCGUCGGCUCGCUCAAACAGCUCGUCUCUCUAGAACUGGGCGAGUGCACAUUCGGCGCUCGAUUCGGGGCGGCGCUCCGGGGGCUGACGCGGCUGACUCGGCUGAGACUCGAACGGGGGACGGCUGACUGCGCGGCGCCCGCGCUGCUGAGGGCGCUGGCUCAGCUGCCCAGGCUUACUACGAUGGAGCUGGUUAAUUUUGAUGUUAAGGUGGGUUUCGACGACGCGCUGGCGGAGUGCAAGAACAUCCAGCGGCUGCUCAUCAUCCCCACCUACGUGUCGCAGUCCGCCACCACCAACAAACAGGUGCUGAGCGGCGUGCUCCGGCUGAAAGACACAUUGACACACCUGAUGUGGGGCGUCACCAUAGAACUGCUACGCGUCACCGAGCUCUUCAUCGAUCAGUGCGACCAGGGAGGAGACAGCAAGAAGAAGGACAUCGGCGAGUGCAUCCCGGUGCUGAAGCCGGUGCCGGGGUGCCGCCUGCCCGACGAGCACCAGCCCGUGGCCGGCCCGCCGCAGGUGGAGAUCCUCCCGCUGCCGACGCUCCAGCGCCUCCUCUCAGCUCAGCUGCCCAACACCAAGCUCAAGAUCCUGCGCAUCCCCUUCCACGCCACCUGGCGGCAGUCGCUGGCGGACUUCCAGUAGCCGGCUUUAGUUGACCGCACUGUACUAUGGCCAACCAGUUAGGGGCGCCAGCGGUAAUA